AUGGCCAAGGUUAGGGCCAGCAUUGGGAUCAAGAUCAGGACCGCCAGCAGUAACGUCGGUAACAUGACCACGUUCAGCGCUACGACUACGACUACGACUACGACUACUAUGCGAAGAAGGCCGAAUUUUAGCGUUGGAUCUAGCGAACGCUACUUCUGCUCGACUCGAUACCGAACGGGCGGGUUCCAAAACUACCACCAUCACCAGGAGUACUUCUACCGCCAGUACCCAACUCCAAUGCUCGAGCGUCAGCAGCACCGGCACCACCGGCACCAGCGACGUACGCACACCGUCGCUGGGAGAUACACCUCAUUCUCAUCCACUCGCUCAUUUGGAAGCGGCGGUGGCGGCGUGAAUGGCAACAGCAACAUUUCCUCACGACAGAGGCAGAGACAGAGACAGCUUCAGCACAGUUAUCCCAUUCCUCUUGUCCUUUCGACAAGACUCUGUGCUUCGAUAUCACCGAGUGUUCCAACGCAAGCGUCUUGGGGAAGGAAAUACUGCAGACACGCUGGAGCUGGACGCGUUCGGUUUCAGUCUUCUAGUGCCGCGUCACAUGUCCUACAUGGACGAGGACGGGAAGUCGACUACAAACUACACCAGCAACAGGAAUUGCAACAGAAGAAGCAACAGGAGCAACAGGAAAUGCAGAACCACGACAAGGCCGACAUUGACAUCGUGACCAGGCCAGUGACAGCUACAGCGACAUCGACACCGACAACGACAGCCACAGCUACAACUACACUGAAAGAACCAGAACCAGAACAAGAACCAAAGCCAGAAGAACCAGUUCAUGGCGCUACGACCAAUGACAAUAACAGUGACAGUAUAGCCCCGUCUCCAUCUCCCUCUCCAUCACCAUCUCCGUCUCUCCACCACUUUGAAUUCAAUCAGCACCACAACGAUCUAGCCUCUUUCCUCCACCACGCCCGCCGCACCGGCCUCUCCCCCUCGAGCACAGUGUAUACAGGGACAUGCUACGAAUAUCUCGCGCAGGAAACACUGCAGAGGUACGGAUUUGAAUUGUCUCGUGUUGGCGGACGGGGCGAUCGGGGCGUUGAUCUUGUUGGAGUUUGGCGAUUGGAUUCGAAUAAAAACACUGGUACCGACACAAUCAACACUCCUACGACCGCCACUGAUAGUAGAAGUACUCCCACUAAUACCACUCCAAUAUCCUUCAACGUUCUCGUCCAAUGCAAACGUCUAACAGGCAAACACGCCAAAAUCGGUCCAAACUUGAUCCGUGAACUUGAUGGGGCUGUGAGGGCUGCGAGACACAGUUACUCUUCACUUACUGCUAUUACAAACUCGAACUCGGUUCCAAACCUGAACUCGGGUCCAGUCUCCGGUGGGACAGGUUCAAGACCGAGUUCAACGCUGGGUGUCCUGGUGGGCACGCGACCCGCCACAAAGGGCGUCGUGGAAAGUAUGAGAAGAUCAAAUAGGGGGUUGGUUUGGAUUAUGAUGGAAGAGAUUGGACUUGAACAAGACCAACAGCAAAACCUUGACGGUGGCGGUGGCGGUGAAGAAAGUACACAUACACCGUCUGUCCGUGGAAUCAUCAAACAGAUUCUCUGGAACCAAGCUGCCCGCGAUUUGGGACUCGAGGGAGUCGAUGUGGUGAAGAGAAUUCUACCUGGGGGAAGAGAUGAGGUGGUUUUGAUGAGGUCGUGA